UUUCUUACUUUAAUGCCUGGUUCUCCUGGACAGCAAUCAGUUCUAACUUGGAAUUUCCUGCCUUUGAUCUUAUUUUAGACUCCCAUUUCAAAAUCUAUGAGUAAGUAGCAUGUGAUAUAACUUGGAUGGAACUAAAUUGUAAAGGCAGGAAUUUGAUUGCAAUUUGAUGUAUUUUAGCAAAUUGCAACCGGUGAGAUCAUCAGAACUCAUAGUCACCUAAAUUUGCUCAGCUCUUGAAUUAUAGAUCUUAAAAUUCCUGGGACAUGAUGCAGUAAUGUAGAAUGUGCUGGUUAUGCCUCAUGUUACCCAUGGUCCGGGGAAACACUGAGUCGGAAGUCAAGAACUGCCAGGAUGAUUUGCCUUUUUGGCAAGUUGCUUAACCUCUCUAACAUUCAGUUUCUUCAUUUCUCCAGUGACAAAAACUAUGGAAGGGAGGUGAUCUCAGAUUCGUUAUUUUAUUAAGGAAGUACUAGCUACUGCAACAAAGAGACCCCAAAAUGCAGUGGUUCAAACAAAGUAGAAGUUUCUUUCUUUCUCAUGUAAUAAUUGGAAUACCAGAAUCUGCGUACAUACAUGUAACAGAAGCAAAAAUGUCAGAUGAUAUCAGGAAAAGGUUUGAAUUUCCAAAUUCUCUUAUCCAAUCACAGGCUGUGGGUCAUCUUAUUGCUGCAGUCCUAAAGGAAAAUGGUUUUUCAGAAAAGAUCCACCAGUCCACAAACCAGACUCCUGCUCUGAACUUGCUGUGGGAGAAGUGUUGCAGUGACAACGUAGUGGUUCGGACAGCCUGCUGUGAGAGUCUGGUGGCACUUGUUGCUCAGGACCACGCGGAGUUUAGCUAUGUUCUCAAUGGGAUACUCAACCUGAUUCCAUCUACCAGGAAUACACAUGGCUUGAUAAAAGCCGCUAUGAAAUUAUUACAAAUGCAAGCUGUUAAGGAAGGACAGGGUGGAGAGAAGAAUAUUCAGGAUGUAUAUACUAUUAGAAAUCAUCCUCAGCCUUUGAUCACUGUGCUUGAACACAGACCUGAUUGCUGGCCAGUACUUUUGCAGCAGCUGACAAAUUUUUUCCAGCGAUGCCCUGAAAGGUCAGAAGUUUCAUGUGUCCAAAUAAUGGCACCAUUUCUAUGGUAUCUAUAUUGUGAACCAUCCCAGUUACAAGAAUAUGCUAAACUCCGACUAGCCCUGCUAAAAGUCUUACUUCAACCCCGGGUUUGUGACAAAGAUCAACCAUCAAUAUUGGAACAACAGAUACUUCAAUUGUGUUGCGACAUGGUUCCUUGUUUGCAGAUGAAAGAUUUGAUGGAGACGACAGAAGUGAUGCUGUUUAUCGAGGAAGUAUAUUUAAGCCUUUUGCGUCAUCCCAUUUUCUGGAAAAUUCAGCUUACCCAGAUGACCCUUCAGGUGUUGUGUGUCUGUGAAGUCAGCUUAAAGAUAACUGGGGAAUGCUCAUCUUUGAUUCACCUUUUAGAGCACAGUGUUGAACUUCUGAAGGAGGAUUUUCCUGUUGAACUGGUCAGAAUUGGAAUAGCUUUACUACUUCUACAGACUCCGGCAAGUCAGCAGAAGCCAAUCUUAAGUCUAGCUUUGAAGCUCUUCUCUUUUGCUGAGAGUCAGAAAAUCCCAAAGUCAUCCUUGCUUCUAGUGAUGCCAAUUCUGCAGAUAUUAUCUUCUACUGCCUUGGAAGACUGUAUAUCCGUGGAUGAGGAAGGUCCCUCUAGGCAGCAGUUGGCUCUAAACCUUUUGGAAAUGGUACAGCAGGAGUGCUACAGAGAUGACCACCAAAAGCUCGCCUACAAGCUUGCGUUCCCCAUAACCAGCAUGUAUGGUUCAAUAUUUACAGCCUGGAGAAUCCUUGAAGUAAUGAGAGAAGAGUCUGCAGCAAGUGACUGGUUGGCUUCAGUAGAGUCAUUGCUCCCCAUUACUACAGUGAUCCCUGGGCAUGUUUUUCUUCUGCUGGGUCACCUUCUUGUUGAAGAUAAAGGACGAAAUCUUCAUCAAAUACUGAAAGUCACUACACAAUUAGCCCAAGCAGAUUCCUCUCAGGUACCAAAUCUGAUUCCAGUUUUGAUGUUCAAAUUGGGAAGACCACUGGAACCUGUAUUAUAUAAUGAUAUCUUGUAUACUUUACCUACACUUGGUGUUCACAAGGUGUGCAUUGGACAAAUUCUGCGAGUAAUCCAACUUCUUGGAACCACUCCACAAUUAAAAGCUAUCACUUUACGCUUGUUGACAUCUUUGUGGGAAAAGCAGGAUCGUGUCUAUCCUGAACUGCAGCGUUUCAUGGCCAUGUCCGAUGUGCCCUCUCUGUCUGUGGGCAAGGAAGUCCAGUGGGAGAAACUGAUCGCUAAAGCAGCAUCGAUCAGAGAUAUAUGUAAGCAGAGGCCAUAUCAGCAUGGCGCAGAUAUGUUGGCUGCCAUUUCCCAGGUAUUGAAUGAAUGCACCAAGCCUGAUCAAGCUACUCCAGCUGCCUUGGUGUUGCAAGGUCUUCAUGCACUCUGCCAAGCCGAGGUUGUUUGCAUUCGCUCCACUUGGAAUGCUCUCUCCCCAAAGCUGAGUUGUGACACAAGACCUCUCAUUUUGAAGACCCUGAGUGAACUGUUUGCUCUGGUUCCUUCAUUAACAGUCAAUACAGCUGAAUAUGAGAAUUUUAGAGUUCAAGUCCUCAGCUUCCUCUGGACCCACACUCAGAACAAGGACCCAAUUGUAGCAAAUGCUGCAUAUAAAUCUCUGUCACAUUUUAGUGCGGGAGAGCACACCAUUCUCCAUCUGCCUGAACAGGUGAGACCAGAAAUCCCUAUCCCUGAUGAGCUAGAUGAAGAUGAAGAUGAUGAGGGUGACGAAAAGGAAGUGGAUCUUUCAGUUCCUGGCUUUUGCUAUCUCAAACUGUUGUCACUCACUGCUCCUUUGGUUUUACCAGCUUUGGAGGAAUUUUUUACAUCACUUGUGAAGCAAGAAAUGGUGAAUAUGCCCCGUGGGAUAUAUCACUCUGCAUUAAAAGGAGGUGCCCGCUCAGACCAAGGAAAGACUGUAGCAGGAAUCCCCAAUUUUAUAUUGAAAAUGUAUGAAACAAACAAGCAACCAGGGUUGAAACCUGGCCUUGCAGGUGGUAUGUUAUUUUGUUACGAUAUUUCAACGUAUCAGAGUAAAGAUGGCAAACCAUUGCAUCGACUGAUGGCCAGUAGAGGGCGAAGUUUCAAGCAGACCUCACUUGCUCUAGUGCAUGAGGUUCACAUCCAGCUCUCAGAGUGGCACCGUGCAAUUUUUCUCCCACAGGCCUGGCUUGCUUAUAUGAAUCGAGCUUACCAUGCCAUUUUACAGGGAAGAAUAGGAGAGCUGGAGCUGCAGUUAAAACAUGGAAAGGAAGGACCUGAGGAGGUGGAAUAUAAGAAAAGCACAGCCUGGCUCUGGGUCCGAGACAUGUUGACCGAUGAGAUCACCAAGGCAGCUGCAAAGGAGAGCCCAGUGGUCAAAGGCAACGCAUUGUUAGCCUUAAGCAGCCUUGCAGUCGUCAUAUCCAAACACGAAGCCAGCCUCUCCUCAGACUCUGAGGGGGUCCUGGAGGUUCAACCUAAUUUCCUUUCAAUGAAAGAGUGGAUUUUCAUGGUGUUUGAUACUCUUCUGGUCAUUGUGGAUAGUCAUUACCAACCCAGAGGAAGACUUUUCUCCUGGUUUUAUUAUAAAUCCUAUUCUGGCGAAAACACAGCUAGUGCCAUUGCCCGCUCUGCUGCCGCCACGGCUUUGUCUCUCCUUGUGCCAGUUUUCAUUAUCUCUUGCAAAGAGAAGGUUGAGGAAAUCCUGAACAUGCUGACUGCCAGGUUACCUGGGAAACCAAGUGCUGAUGAGUCUCAAGCCGUGCAAAUCCACAUGGGCCUUGCUUUGGGGAUGUUUCUCUCUCGCUUGUGUGAGGAGAAACUCAGUGAUAUAUCUGGCCAGCAGAUGAACCUUCUUCUGAUGAAGUCUUUGGAUGCCCUGGAAAAUUGCUGCUUUGACUCUACUCUUGAAUACAACACGGGCUGUAUAUUGGGAGUUGGACUUGUUCUGUCCCUCAUGAGCCACAGCAGCCAAACGGAGUCCCGAGUUCAUGUGGCAGCAUCGCUUCGGAAGCUCUCUGCAUACCUAGAUGACAGUGGGAGCCAGAGCAGAACGUUUCAGGAGGUCCUUGCCUAUACCCUCAGCUGUGUGUGUACAUCAGCAUUCAGUGCUGGAAUUAUUGAGGCUGCAGAGGCUGAAGAUAUCAUGAACAAGCUUCGACUGUUAGUGGAGAACAACCAACAGACAUCAGGUUUUGCCCUGGCAUUGGGAAACAUAGUUCAUGGUUUGUCUGUGUGUGGACAUGGAAAAGCUGAAGACUUGGGUAACAAACUGCUCCCUGCCUGGAUCAGAAUUGUUCUAGCAGAGGGCGCUCCCACGAUGCUUUGUUUGGCAGCUCUUCAUGGCAUGGUGGCCUUGGUAGGCUCUGAAGGGGAUGUAAUGCAGCUGAAGUCGGAAGCCAUUCAGACCUCUCAGUUUCAAGGCAGACUUAAUGAAGUCAUUAGAGCUUUGACUCAGGUCAUCAGUGUGUCUGGCAUGAUUGGUCUUCAGUCAAAUGCUAUCUGGCUUCUAGGGCAUCUUCAUCUAUCUACUUUGUCCUCAAAUCAAAGUAGAACCUCUGUUCCUACUGACUACAGCUAUUUGCCUGAAAGCAGUUUUAUUAGAGCAGCCAUUGGGUUCUUUGUUACAGGAGGAAAAAAAGGUCCUGAAUCUGUAUCUCCUUCCCUUCUCAAAGUAGUGAUGAAACCCAUAGCUACUGUUGGACAAAACUACCAAUAUCCUCCUGUGAACUGGGCUGCACUCCUCUCUCCACUUAUGAGGCUAAACUUUGGUGAAGAGAUACAGCAGCUGUGCCUUGAAAUUAUGGUGACCCAGGCACAGUCAUCCCAGAAUGCAGCUGCACUGUUGGGACUGUGGGUGAUACCACCAUUGAUCCAUAGUCUGAGUCCGAAUAUCAAGAAAUACCUCCUGGUAUCUGUACCUCUGUGGAUAAAACACGUCUCUGAUGAGCAGAUCCUGGGAUUUGUUGAAAACUUAAUGGUGGCAGUUUUUAAAGCAACUUCCCCAAUUUCCAAUCUUGAGUUAUGCCUGAGGGCCUUACAGGGUCUGGGCCAGGCCAUGAAACUCCCCAGCCCUUCCUUCCACCUCUGGAGUCUGCUCUGCGAAGCUACUGGGAAAAUUUUUGACCUUCUGCCAAAUAAGAUUCGGAGAGACCAUCUAGAGCUGUAUAUCAGUGUAGCAAAAUGCCUCUCAGAAAUGACAGAUGAUGAAGCCAAUCGAGUUUCCCAGAUUACUGAGAGCAGCAUAGAAAAGGCUGCCUUUGUCAGACUGUACUUGGUCUCUCAAGGACGAUCCCCCUUGAUGGGCUUGACUGAUAUGCUCAGUGUUGCAGUUCAGCACCAUGAAAAAGACACGCUGGCCUGGAUGAUACUGCACAGCUUAUACCAGGCACGGAUUGUGAGCCAUGCCAACACAGGCGUGUUGAAGAGAAUGGAGUGGCUCUUGGAACUGAUGGGUUAUAUCAGGAAUGUUGCUUACCAGUCAACCUCUGUUCAGGGUGUGCCUCUUGAUAAGGCUUUGGACUUCUUGUUGCUGAUAUUUGCAACCGCAGUGGUUGCAUGGGGGGACCACGCUGCCCCUCUCCUCCUUGGCCUCAGUGCCAGUUGGUUGCCAUGGCAUCAGGAAAAUGGCCCAGCUGGGCCAGCAUCAAGCUUCCUUGGCAGGAGUCCAAUGCACAGGGUCACUCUGCAGGAGGCUCUUACUCUCCUUCCCAGUAGCAUGCCUCUUCUGCUGCAGAAAGAGCCGUGGAAGGAACAGACCCAGAAGUUCAUUGACUGGCUAUUCAGCAUCAUGGAAAGCCCGAAAAAAGUCCUUUCAGCAAAAUCAAGGGAUCUUUUAAAAGCCACCCUGCUGUCCUUGAGAGUUCUCCCAGAGUUUAGGAAGAAAGCCGUAUGGACCAGAGCGUAUGGUUGGUGAACAGUUCUCAGCUGGAUGAGGAAAACCAUAGAAAUGGAAGAAGUUUUCAGAAUUCAUGCCUGGGAUCGCUGAGACAUGAUGCAGAGAGUUAUGGGUCCUGAAAGGGGGACAUUGCUUCAAUACCCAGGCCAGUUGACACUGAAAUUAGAACUUGAAUUUUCUUUUAUUUGGCCAGAGUUCAAUCUGAAGAUUUUCUUUGUGAAAAUUUGACUAUAUUAUCUCCUAACCCUUAAAUUCUAGUAAAAUGAUCUUGUGAAUUUUGUG